AACCCAACCCUAAAAGCCCACAGCAAUCAAUAUAUAAUUUGUUAGAAGAAACCCUAGUCUCUAGCUUGGCCUCCAUUGGUAUACUUCAAAGCUCAUCUGUCACCCCAGAGCCCCUUCUCUCCGCCGAAUCUCCUUUUUCUCCCGUAAAAAUGUCUCUGGUGGCCAACGAAGAUUUUCAGCACAUUUUGCGUGUCCUGAACACCAACGUUGAUGGAAAGCAGAAGAUUAUGUUUGCUUUGACCUCCAUCAAGGGUAUCGGAAGGCGUUUCGCCAACAUUGUUUGCAAGAAAGCCGAUGUAGACAUGAACAAGAGGGCUGGUGAACUGACUGCACAGGAAUUGGACAAUCUCAUGACGAUUGUGGCGAACCCGAGGCAGUUUAAAAUCCCAGAUUGGUUUUUGAACAGGCAGAAGGAUUACAAGGAUGGAAAGUAUUCCCAAGUUGUGUCCAAUGCUCUCGACAUGAAGUUGAGAGAUGACUUGGAGCGCUUGAAGAAGAUCAGGAACCACCGUGGUCUGAGGCACUACUGGGGCCUUCGUGUACGUGGUCAGCACACCAAGACUACUGGUCGCCGAGGAAAGACUGUUGGUGUGUCUAAGAAGCGUUGAAUUCUUCAUAACAUAAUCUAUAGUAUGAUGAGGCAGAUAUUUAUUUCUUUGCUUUUAAGCGAUGUUUGCAUCAAAGACAAUUUUGGAUUUGGUUUUGUUGUUUUAGUUGGUUUUUUAAAACCUUGCAGACAAGUAGUGUUUCUCUUUUAAUCGAUUGUUUGAUCUUUUUAUCAA